ACCCUCUCGGGACUGGGAAAGGAAAGAGCUGAGGGCCAGAGAGGAGCCCAAGCCCCGCCGGGAGCGCGCGGGCGGCCCCGACGCAGGCCCUGGGCGGAGACCGAGAGCUGGGGGCGUGGUCCCUACUGGGGCGGGACCUCGAGCGGGGACCUGGCCAGCUCGCCGGCCCAGACGUGGCGCAGUGGCCGGGCGGUUCACCUCCAGCUUGCGGAUCAUCUUCGGCCGGGUUUCAAUGCACCUCCCGCUGCCUUUGCCGCCCCUGCUGCUGCUCCUCGCGGCAGUCGCGGCCGCCACCACCACCUUCCGGCCCGACUGGAACCGUCUACACGGCCUGGCCCGAGGCCGGGUAGAGACAUGUGGGGGAUGACAGCUUAAUCGCCUGAAGGAGGUGAAGGCCUUCGUCACCCAGGACAUCCCACUCUACCACAACCUGGUAAUGAAACACCUCCCGGGGGCCGACCCAGAGCUCGUGCUGCUGGGCCACCGCUUCGAGGAACUGGAGCGAAUCCCACUCAGCGACAUGACGCGCGAGGAGAUCAACGCGCUGGUGCAGGAGCUCGGCUUCUACCGCAAGGCGUCUGCCGACGAGCCUGUGCCCCCCGAGUACCUGCGGGCGCCGGCUAGGCCCGCCGAAGGCGCUCCUGACCGCGCUGACCUGUAGGUCUGGGGACGCCACCCCCCCGCCCCCGCCUAAGCCCUGGGGACAGAAUGAAGCUCUCAGCGGCCCGGGAGCACCUCCCUCGCUGAGGGCUGACAGCCCGUCCCCGAGCCAGCAGGGAUGGAGUUGGGGGGGACGGGGUCCCUCCUGACCCUUUUUCUUCCCUCCCCAAAUCCACUAAAUCCUCUUCCACCUUAA